AUAUAUGAAGAAACAAACCUAUGGGGUUGUGGGGUUGAAUUGAAGGGAACUUUUGCAUGCUUUUGAUUGCGUUUACACGUGUUAUUAAUUAUCAAAGGUGGCGAAUCCAAAUCCUGGAGAGAAAGCAAAGGACGUUGACAAGAGGGAACAUGAAGAAGGGAUAAGCAACACAAUGCAAAGGCUAUUGCCCGGUUUGAAUAGGGAGAGAGAGAUGUCUGCUAUGGUCUCAGCUUUGACCCACGUCGUCUCCGGAGAUGUGCCACCCGCUGAUCAUCAUGUUGUCGUUACACCUAAUUCUGUUGCCACUGCCACCUCUUCUCUCAAGAGAAGUAGACAACACCACACACCCUUCUCAAAAAGUGCAGAAUGUUCAAACAGCAGCACAAGGGAAAUGGAGAAUGCUGUGUAUGAAUACAGAACAACGAGAAGAGAGAACGAGAAUGUGAGUAGAGAAGAGGGAAGGAGAAAAUACAGAGGAGUGAGACAAAGGCCAUGGGGGAAGUGGGCUGCAGAAAUAAGAGACCCAUUCAAAGCGGCGAGGGUGUGGUUAGGGACAUUUGACACGGCUGAGGCUGCUGCAAGGGCAUACGAUGAAGCUGCCCUUCGUUUUAGAGGGAACAAGGCCAAACUCAACUUUCCUGAGAAUGUCACUCUCCGACAACAACCUCAACCUCAACCUCAAUUUAGUAUCUCCGAUUCUUCAACAUCUCUUGUUUCCGUUACAACGUCCACCGACCCUGUUGUUCACACCACACCUCUUAUCCCUUAUCAGCCUUCUUCUACCGACUAUUACGACUGUUUUCAACUCUCGCCCUUCCCCACCAACCUUUAUCAGGAUCACAUGUUUGUCACGUCUUCCAUGGCUUCUCAUCUUCAAUCUUCUUCUUCUUCUUCUUCAACUUCUGCGUUUGCUUCGUCUCUAACUUCUCCUCAGGACACUUCGCUUUCUUCUUUCUAUACUACCCAGUUGCCGCCAUGGUCUGCCUCUGCCUCUGCCUCUGCCUCUGCUCAUAGCUCUUCUUCAUCCGGAUGAUUUUUUUCUCUUUAUUUAUCGACUCUGUAACUUUUUUUAUUAUAUUUUCAUUUCUUUUUUUGAAACCAUUAUAGCCUCACCUACGCCUCUGUAAUGCAUACGACCUUUCCUCAUUCAUGAUUUUAGAUGAGUGGAAAACUGAAUUCCAAUGUUUAUAGUAUUUCAUAAUCUAGACUCAAUACUUUUAUGGAAGAGAAUAAAAUGAAUUCAAUUUAUGUACCAUUGGAAAAAAUUAAAUGAGGAAUUUAUUUUUAGGUGUUUAAA